AUGGCUGCCCAUUGGCUGAAGCAGAAACCUAAACAACAGGCAGGCUCUGCCAUCAGCUGUCCUACUCGCUAUGAGCUGUUCAUGGGGAGGUGUUACCGCUUCUCCGUCGACCGUAAAUCGUACAACGAAUCACGGGCCACUUGUCACGAAGAAGGUGGUCGCCUAGCAACGGUGAAGAAUAAUGAGACCCACAACUUCCUGGCCAAUCGCGUGAGAGCUACGACCAAAGCACACACCUGGAUUGGGCUGACUGAUGAGGCGACAGAUGGUUUGUGGGUUUGGGAUGAUGGUACGUUGCGGGUUGGCGAUGGGUUCUGGGGUGCAAAGGAACCAAAUGGUGGCACAAGGGAAAACUGUGUUCACAUCUAUCCUGAUAAGGACUACCGCUGGAAUGAUAGUACAUGCCCAAGCUCUUACUACCACAUCUGUGAAAUCUAA